GGCCGGCGCCGCGGCCACUGCCUCACGGCCGCCUCUUCCCUUACCCGGUCGUGAUCGUGGCGAGCGACCGGCCGCAGUACCUGUUCCGCUGCCUCGCCUCGCUGCUGCCGAACCGCGGCCUCGACCCGGCCAAGGUGGUGGUGUUCGUCGACGGUGACUACCCGGAGGUGAAGGAGUUACUGCGCAUCCUCAACGUCAAGCUGCACGAGCACUUCCUGGAGACGGGCAGCUUGGACUCGCGGGGCAUCGGCUCUCGCAUUGGCCUCAUCUACAAGUACACGGUAAAGACGGCUUUCGAGAUGUUCCCCGAGGCGGACAAAAUCGUGCUGCUCGAGGAGGACCUGGAGGUAUCGCCCGAUUUUAUCAGCUACUUUGAUCAGACCUACCACCUGCUGGACAUCGACCCCAGCCUGUACUGCGUGUCCGCCUGGAACGACCACGGCUAUAACCACACGGUUGGAGACCCGGCCCAGCUGUACCGAAUCGGCUUUCUCCCGGGGCUUGGCUGGAUGCUGAAGAGGAGCCUGUUCUUCGAGGAGCUGCUCCCGAAAUGGCCGCCGCCGUGGACGGACUUUGACUGGGACGUCAUGCUCCGCCUGUCCGAGCACAGGAAGGGGCGUGACUGCAUCAUACCGGAUAUUUCUAGAACGUACCACUUCGGCUACAUCGGCAAGCACGUGGGCGCGUCGAUGCAGUUCAAGUACUUCUACGACCACGCCUUCAACACCAUACCGGACGUCAAACUGAAGGACGUCGACAACAUGGUCUUCCAUAAGUACGAAGAGAUGCUGAUGAACGCUCUCACGGGCUCCGUGAUGGUGAACGGCCUAGCUCACGACCAGACCUCAUGCGACGGCGUGUUCGCGCCCGCGCCAACCAACAAGACGUACGUCCUGUUCAUCCGGAUGCAGGGCCCGGAAGACGUGGGCGUGUGGGAGAAGCUCUCCACCUGCCUCAACCUCUGGGACUUGGACAUCCGGGGCGAUCACCGCGGCGUCUGGCGCUUCUGGUACAACGGCAACCCUGUGAUCGUGGUGGGCGUGCCGUACGCCGAGCUCUCCUCCUUCGCCGUGCACAGCCAGGGCGAGGCGGUGAUCUUCGGAGGCGAGCGGUCGAAGCGCGCCACCAGCAUGGGUCGCUGGCCGCCCGGCCUCCACCGCGACAUGUCCGAAGACAGGGUCAGGCGUUUCCGGUUGUCAUCCGAUGCCGUGAACAAGGCGGAGGCCGACCAGAGGGCCGACAGGGAAGGCGAGGACACGUGACCGCGGCCAUGACCGCGCGGGAACUCCCCGAAGGGCGGAGCUCAAGCUCGUGGCCGUAACGCCGGUGAAGUGAGCUCCAGACCGCACGGGUGGCAACGUGCUGUGGUUUGGCGAGGAGGGCACAGACCGCACCCUAGGCUUGAAUGACGGAACUUCCGCCGCCGGUGGAGGGAAGGGAGUGGCCGGCCUGAAGACAGCGGCGAAGUGACGGCGACCUGAGGAUUACACGAGGUGGAACAUCCGGCAGCCUUCUUCGGAUGGGGCAUCUGGCAGCGGAACGCGAAUCAGUCUGGCUGUCAUGCCCUACGACACCAGGUAACCCCCGACAGAACGUAGGGAUUUGGGUGAUUUUCGCGGGAUCAUUGCCUGACUGGCGGUAGGUUUCUGGCUGCUGUGUGAUGUGCGGCUGCUGUGCGGUAGGUUUCUGGCUGCUGCGUGAUGUGCGGCUGCUGUGCGGUAGGUUUCUGGCUGCUGUGUGCCGAUGUGCCGACAGAUAACAGCUGGACGAGAGCUGUUGCACAUUCUCAGGGAGAUUUGCCGUUUGCUGCGGGCUUUGCGACAACGUAGUUCACUAACAAAUCCGAUCUUCGAGUAUCAGCUUCAACGGCAGCCGUCCAUACCAUCUAUAUUGUAGCCAGCACGAUGGCUGCUUUUGUGCCAUGCCCUUUUUGACUCGGUCUCGUUCAACAACUCAGGAAUCUGUUCAUACGCAACCAAUAUGUCUGGCGUAUGUCUGGCCCACGCGUCCAAUAUGUCCUGGCGUUUGUCUGGCCCACGCGCCAAUAUGUCCGGCGUUUGGGCCAUUCGAUGCGAUGGAUAUGUAUCGACUUGUGGUAUCAAAAAGGUUUCUGAGGUGCUGCGUCCUGCUCAAGCGUCGUUGCGCACGCUCCGCAAACAAGAAUGGAGCGAUGAUUGUCUUCUCGCACGAUGAUAAUUGGAAUCAGGCUACAUGCGCUCGCAUAAUUGCACAGCCCUUUUCUGGCCUCACGAUAACUCGGCUACCUAUUCACAAGCCAGAAUACUUGCUCUGAUAUAGGCUACUUGCUCGACUAUAUGCUGGGCGCAAAUGUUUUCUGAGGAUGAAGUGUAUAUUGUGUAAUGUAUCACCAUAUUAUACAUAAGUUCGA